AUGGGAAGCGGCACCUCUACCCAACAUCAUUUUGCUUUUCAGAAUGCAGAGAAGGCCUUCAAGGCAGCGGUUCUGAUCCAGAGAUGGUACCGGCGCUACACGGCACGCCUGGAGAUGAGGCGGCGUUGCACCUGGAGCGUCUUCCAGUCUAUAGAGUAUGCUGGGCAGCAAGACCAGGUCAAGCUCCACAAUUUCUUCAGCUACCUCAUGGAUCACUUCACCCCCUGCAGCCACAAUGAGAGGGAUUUUCUGAAGCGCAUGUUCACCGAAGAAAGAUUCCCCAAGGACAUGGAGGUGAAGAAAUGCAGUGACUAUGAAUCCAUAGAGGUACCGGAUACUUACACGGGGCCACGUCUGUCCUUCCCACUCCUUCCUGACCAUGCAACUGCCCUACUGGAAGCUUUCAGAAUGAAACAACAGCUCCAUGCUCGCUAUGUCCUGAAUCUCUUGCACGAAACCAGGAAGCAUCUGGUACAACUUCCAAACAUCACUCGAGUCUCGACCUGUUACAGUGAAGAGAUCACAGUGUGUGGAGAUUUACAUGGCCAGUUGGAUGAUUUAAUAUUUAUAUUUUAUAAGAACGGGCUUCCAUCACCAGAGCACACCUAUGUGUUCAACGGCGACUUUGUGGAUCGAGGCAAGGAGUCAGUAGAGAUCCUAAUGAUUCUCUUUGCUUUCAUGUUGGUUUACCCAAAAGAGUUCCAUCUUAACCGGGGAAACCAUGAGGACCAUAUGGUGAACUUACGAUAUGGGUUCACCAAGGAAGUGAUGCAUAAAUAUAAGACACAUGGCAAGAAAAUACUAACAACACUGCAAGAUGUUUUCUGUUGGCUUCCACUGGCCACUCUGGUGGAUGAGAAAGUCCUGAUUCUUCACGGCGGUGUGUCAGACAUGACUGACCUGGAGCUUCUGGCCAAACUAGACAGGCACAAGAUUGUAUCCACUAUGAGAUGGAAAACGAGAAAGGAUUGUGAAAAACAGGCAGAGGAGAGGGGCAAAGCCAAGCAGACGAGCUCUCCGGGGAGACGCUCCCCAUGGUUCCUCCCUGCAAGCCGCUCCCUGCCCUCCUCGCCCCUGCGCGUGGGAUCCCACGAAGCCCACCGAGCCGGGCGGUCCUCCAGCAUUCCCUGCAGCGCCCCUCCUGACCGCAAAGACAUCUCCCGGCGGGUGCGGCGCUCUGUGGACCUGGAGCUGGAGAAGUGCCGGCAGCAGGCGGGCUUCCCAGUGACCAGGGAGAGAGAGGAACCGGUGCUCUUUGCGUCAGAAGCCGACUCUGAGGCUACAGAGCCGCUGGCGCUCACGCAGGAGGAGUGGAAGCAGGUUGUAGAUAUUCUGUGGAGUGAUCCCAUGGCUCAGGAGGGCUGCAAGGCCAACACUGUUCGAGGAGGAGGCUGUUAUUUUGGGCCUAAUGUGACAGAACAAUUGCUGCAGAAAUACAACCUGCAAUUCCUGAUCCGCUCACACGAGUGCAAACCUGAAGGCUAUGAAUUCUGCCACAAUCGCAAGGUGUUAACCAUCUUCUCUGCCUCCAACUACUAUGAAGUUGGCAGUAACAGAGGUGCCUAUGUCAAGCUGGGGCCAGCCCUGACCCCACAUAUCGUGCAGUAUCAAGCUAACAAGGCAACCCACAAGCUAACCAUGAGGCAAAGGAUUAGCAGAGUAGAAGAGUCAGCUCUCAGAGCUCUGCGAGAAAAGUUAUUUGCUCAUUCAUCAGCUCUUCUAGGAGAAUUUAAGAAGCAUGAUGCAGUUAAAACUGGUUUAAUCAACCUGAGUGACUGGGCAACAGCCGUGGAGUCUGUGUUGCAUCUAGGACUGCCCUGGCGAAUGCUGAGGCCACAGCUGGUAAACAGCUCAACAGAUAACAUGCUGGAGUACGGGUCCUGGCUGGAGGAUUUGGCCAAAGAACAACUGAGCCAUGAGAACAUACAGUCAAGUUUGCUGGAAGUGCUGUAUCGAAACCGAUCCAACCUGGAGACCAUAUUUAGGAUCAUAGACAGUGAUCAUUCAGGGUUCAUCUCACUGGACGAGUUCAGACAGACUUGGAAGCUGUUCAGUUCUCAUAUGAACAUUGACAUCACAGAUGACUGCAUCUGUGACCUUGCCCGGAGCAUUGACUUCAACAAGGAUGGCCACAUCGACAUCAAUGAGUUCCUGGAGGCCUUCCGCCUUGUGGAGCAGUCCUGCUCAGAGGGCAACACGUCAGAUUGCCCACAGGCCACACACAGUGUGACAAUGGCUGCAGCAGACCAGGCACACUAACAACAGCCUGAUCUUCAUUGCCCCAGGAGCCUCACAAGCAAUGCCAAGCUUGUCACUGGAAUA